CUUGUCAUUGAAAAUUCAGAAAAUUAUUUGUGAGUUUGUGGAAAGUGCAUCUCGAAAGUCGAACGAAAUCGUAUUUGUGUUUGUGACUUCAGUGCAAUUGAGGCUACAGUUUAAGUUUUAUUGUUUGUGCAAAGCAAUAAACUCUUAUUCUGUGCACAGAGAAGAUCUCUAAUUGGUCUCUCCGUAAGUGCAGUCAGAUUUGUUCAAAACGGCUUCCGAAAAGUUAAAUAAUACUGAUCAAGCAAACUACAACACAAUGUAUCAAUCAGCGCAAGGUGGAUAUCCCCAGGGAGGAUAUCCGCAAGGUGGUUACCCACAAGGGGGCUACCCGCAAGGUGGCUACCCGCAAGGAGGUUAUCCCCCACCAGGAGGUUAUCCCCCGGGCGGGUAUCCGCCUCAAGCCGGCUACCCGGCGCAGCCUGGCUUCCAACCCGGUUAUGGAGGUGCCGGAUUUGGUGAGCCGGCCGGAUAUCCGGGUCCGGGUCAGGGCAGUCUGGGCGAAGAUGGUGACGUCAAAGGCUUCGAUUUCAAUGAGCAGAGCAUACGCAAGGCUUUCAUACGGAAGGUGUAUUCAAUCCUGAUGUGUCAGCUGCUGGUGACGCUGGGCUUCAUCACGCUCUUCGUGUUCCACAAGCCCACGCAGAUGUGGGUGCAGAGGAACACCUUCAUGUUCUGGAUAGCUUUCGCGGUGGUGUUCAUCUGUCUGAUAGUAAUGUCGUGCUGCGGCAACGUGCGCCGGCAGGCUCCCAUGAACUUCAUCUUCCUCGGCAUCUUCACCGUCGCUGAGAGCUUCCUGCUCGGAGUCACCAGCAGCAUGUACGAUGGCACUGCGGUGAUGAUGGCGGUGGGCAUCACGGCGGUGAUCUGCCUGACGCUGACGCUGUUCGCGAUGCAGACUAAAUACGACUUCACCGCUAUGGGGGGCAUCCUGCUCUGUGCCACUGUUGUACUUCUCUUGUUCGGUCUGAUAGCGAUGUUCCUGCCGGGCAACCGCAUCGUAACGCUGGUGUACGCCUCACUGGGCGCCCUGCUGUUCUCCAUCUACCUGGUGUACGACACGCAGCUGAUGAUGGGCGGCUCCCACAAGUACAGCAUCUCCCCCGAGGAGUACGUGUUCGCGGCGCUCAACCUCUACCUCGACGUCAUCAAUAUCUUCAUAUAUAUAUUGACUAUUAUUGGAGCCAGUCGGGAUUAAAUUAUCAUGUAAAGCUACCAAAGGCGUCAACACGCAGACUGUCAAAGAACAGCUCAGCUUUUUUAAUGUUUUUUUUUUAUUUAUAUAAUUAACUCCACUUUUAAUGUCAUUGUGGUCGUACAUUAGCAGUAUUUUAUUUGUGGUAAAUAUGUACUGAGAGCAUUUUUAAAUAUAUAUAUAUAUAUAAAACAUAUAUGACUAGUCAACAUCAAAAACCUACUUAAAAAAA